AAUCCAAAUAGCCCUGUCCAUUUCUCCAUUUCUUCUGACUGUCCCUACCUCCAUCCUGCUUCUAAGCUUUGCUCAGAGAUGUUUUCUCUUAAGAUUCCCUCCAGUGGAAGUCUCAGCUCAGACUUGCACCGUGUCCCUUUGACCUGUCCACAUUCUGGUGGGUGGAAGCUGUAACUCGCCUUUUCUGUCAUUGGGCAGCUUCAGUGUCCCUGUAUUGUAGAGACAUAAUCUGCUGGAGGUUAUGGGUGCAGCCUUAGCUCUCAUGGAGUGACUGGCUUCACAGAGAGCAGAUGCCAAGGAUGAAGAAGUGCCAUCUCAGUCCUUUAGGGGGUGACAGUCUGACCCUCGCCUGGGCUGAGCCUGUCUCCUCCACCCCACAGGCCUGGGUCCUGAGGAAAACACAAUGGUGGCCAUGGACUUGGGGUCUCCCCAGCUCCCUAAGAAGAGCCUACCUGUCUCUGGGGCCUUGGAGCAGGUGGCCAGUCGGCUGAGCAGCAAAGUGGCUGCAGAGGUUCCUCAUGGCAGCAAACAGGAGCUGCCGGACCUCAAGGCCCAGAGCCUCACCACCUGCGAGGUCUGCGGCGCCUGCUUUGAGACCCGCAAGGGCCUGUCCAGCCAUGCACGUUCCCACCUGCGGCAGCUGGGGGUGGCAGAGUCAGAAAGCAGCGGUGCCCCCAUCGACCUCCUCUACGAGCUGGUGAAGCAGAAGGGUCUGCCGGAUGCUCCCCUCGGGCUGCCCCUGGGCCUGACUAAGAAGUCCAACUCUCCAAAGGAAUUGGUUGCAGGGGCCACCCGGCCUGGCCUGCUCACCCUGACCAAGCCCUUGGAUGCCCCAGCCAUCAACAAAGCCAUCAAGUCACCUCCUGGCUUCUCGGCCAAGGGCCUGGUCCACCCACCCAACUCUCCACUCCUCAAGAAGGCACCACUGGCCCUGGCGGGCUCCCCUACUCCCAAGAAUCCUGAGGACAAGAGCCCCCAGCUGUCCCUGAGCCCCCGGCCGGCCUCCCCAAAGGCACAGUGGCCCCCGUCUGAGGACGAGGGGCCUCUGAACCUCACUUUAGAUAGUGACGGGGGCAGAGAGCUGGACUGCCAGCUGUGUGGUGCCUGGUUUGAGACCCGCAAGGGCCUGUCCAGCCACGCCCGUGCCCACCUGCGCCACCUGGGCGUCAGCGACCCGGACGCCAAGGGAUCCCCCAUAGACGUGCUCCACGGGCUCAUCAGGAGGGACGGCGUCCAGAUCCGCCUCCCACCCGGGCGUGGAGCUCUGGCCCAGCUGGGGCGGCCUCCUUCCGCCUCCGUGGCCCUCUCCUUGCUCCCCCCCCCACCGCCGGCCAAGAAGGCCAAGCUGAAGGCCGCUGGUAUGGCCAGCCCCUGGGGGAAGCAGGACCUCUCGGCCGCCGGCAUUUUCUGGGCCUCUGAUGUGGAGCCGUCUCCUCUCAACCUCUCCUCUGGGCCAGAGCCAACUCGAGACAUCCGCUGUGAGUUCUGUGGUGAGUUCUUCGAGAAUCGCAAGGGCCUGUCAAGCCACGCACGCUCCCACCUGCGACAGAUGGGUGUGACCGAGUGGUAUGUCAAUGGCUCACCCAUUGACACGCUGAGGGAGAUUCUGAAGAGACGGACCCAGUCCCGACCAGGUGGACACCCCCACCCUCCAGGGCCUAGCCCAAAAGCCCUGGCCAAGGUGGUGGGCAGCGGAGGUCCUGGCAGCUCACUAGAAGCCCGCAGCCCUUCGGACCUUCAUAUCUCGCCCCUGACCAAGAAGUUGCCACCACCACCAGGCAGCCCCCUGGGCCACUCACCAACUGCCUCUCCACCUCCCACGGCCCGGAAGAUGUUCACAGGCCUGGCUGCACCCUCCCUGCCCAAGAAGCUGAAGCCUGAACAAAUGCGGGUGGAGAUCAAACGAGAGAUGCUGCCGGGGGCCCUUCAUGGGGAGUCGCACCCAUCUGAGGGUCCCUGGGGGGCGCCGCGGGAAGACAUGACACCCUUGAACCUGUCAUCCCGGGCAGAACCAGUGCGUGACAUCCGUUGUGAGUUCUGUGGUGAGUUCUUCGAGAAUCGCAAGGGCCUGUCAAGCCAUGCACGUUCCCACCUGCGGCAAAUGGGUGUUACCGAGUGGUCCGUCAAUGGCUCACCCAUCGACACACUACGGGAGAUCCUGAAGAAGAAGUCCAAACCGUGCCUCAUCAAGAAGGAGCCUCCAGCUGGAGACCUGGCUCCUGCCCUGGCUGAGGAUGGGCCCCCAACAGCUGUUCCAGGGCCUGUGCAUUCCCCACUGCCAUUGUCGCCCCUAGUUGGCCGGCCAGGCAAACCAGGAGCUGGGCCAGCCCAGGUUCCCCGGGAGCUCAGCCUGACUCCCAUCACUGGGGCCAAGCCCUCGGCUACUGGUUUCCUGGGCUCAGUGGCAGCAAAGAGGCCCCUGCAGGAGGACCGCCUCCUCCCCGCAGAGGUCAAGGCCAAGACCUACAUCCAGACUGAACUGCCCUUCAAGGCAAAGACCCUCCACGAGAAGACCUCCCACUCCUCCACCGAGGCCUGCUGCGAGCUAUGUGGCCUUUACUUUGAAAACCGCAAAGCCCUGGCCAGCCACGCACGGGCGCACCUGCGGCAGUUCGGUGUGACGGAGUGGUGUGUCAACGGCUCGCCCAUUGAGACGCUAAGCGAAUGGAUCAAGCACCGGCCCCAGAAGGUGGGCGCCUACCGCAGCUACAUCCAGGGCGGCCGCCCCUUCACCAAGAAGUUCCGCAGUGCCGGCCAUGGCCGUGACAGUGAUAAGCGGCCAUCCCUGGGGCUGGCACCCGGGGGCCUGUCCUUGGUUGGCCGCAGUGCUGGGGGGGAACCUGGGCUUGAGGCCGGCCGGGCGGCUGACAGCGGUGAGCGGCCUCUGGCAACCAGCCCUCCAGGGACCGUGAAGUCUGAGGAACACCAGCGGCAGAAUAUCAACAAAUUUGAGCGCCGACAAGCCCGCCCCCCAGAUGCCUCUGCAGCCCGGGGAAGCGAGGAGGCCAAUGACUUGCAGCAGAAGCUGGAGGAGGUGCGGCAACCCCCACCCCGGGUUCGGCCAGUUCCCUCCCUGGUGCCUCGGCCCCCCCAGACAUCACUUGUCAAGUUUGUUGGCAACAUCUACACCCUCAAGUGCAGGUUCUGUGAAGUGGAAUUCCAGGGCCCUCUCUCCAUCCAGGAAGAGUGGGUGCGACACUUACAGCGGCACAUCCUGGAGAUGAAUUUCUCCAAAGCAGACCCCCCGCCUGAGGAGCCUCAGGCUGUGCAGGCACAGACAGCAGUGGCAGAGACACCCUAACACAAAAGCAUUCCAGAUUCCCACUUGUGCCACCUCUGUCUCCUCAUGUUUCUCCUCUGUGUCCUCUUCCCUCUCUUCCCUCUUUCUUUUCCGUUUCCAAAGGAGCAAGCCAAAACCUCAAACCCGGUGCCCCUCAGGGGCCGGGCACACUACAAGUGGGGCACUGGGAGCCAGCUAGCCACCCUUUCCCCAGUCCAAGGACUCUGGGGCAACAGGGUGUCUUUUUCUUCAGUCCAUGCCCACCUGGUUUGGUCCAGCAGGGGUAAUCAGGUCCCUCGUGGCAGCCGAUCUGCUCACAGGGAAGGACAGUACUCCCCUGUGUCUAGCAGCCAGGUGGGGCUAUGUCUGCCACUGAUGGCCAUUUGCAAAGACCCCAAAGACCCCUGUUCUGGUUCCCCUAUACCCCCAUGAAUUAUCCUCUCACGCACAUGCAACACACACACACACACAUGCACGCACGUGCACCUCGUGAGACCUGGGAUCUGUCCUAGCCCCCCAGUUCCCAAGUCAAACGACCACAUCAUGCCACGGUGCUUGCUCAGGGGAAGCCGCACUCCCUCUGCGGGCCCCCACUGAGCCCACAAUGCCACGGAAAUUCUUGUUGGCUGCCCCCCAAAGGGGCCUUCCUGCUGGGAAGAGCUCAGAGCUGACAGCUGCCUCCUGCCAUGUCAAGGCCCCCAGAGCCUCAGGGGCUCCAGGGCCUAGAGGAUAGGGUGAGGAGUGGGACUCUCCUCCCUCAUCCUGCCUCCCUCCCCCUUUUCACUGUUGCUUUCUAUGUAUAGCUCCCUAGACCUUUCACUUUUUUAAAAACGCGUUUUGUGUAGAGAUAAGGAACGUGGAUCUUUUUAUUUUGCAAUCCUGGGCCAGCUAGAUACCGGGAGCUGAUUGACCUUUGAACUUUUUUCAGUGGCCACCUUUUGGUUAUCGAUCUCGAUGUACCUAGAAGUAUGUAAAUUAGAUUAAAUUUCUCUUCUGGAAACACCCCGGG